AUGAGUGAAGAUGAGUUUGUGGUAUUGCUGGAGCAUGCUGGUAUCCUUGAGACCUCAGAUGAGAAUGAUAUGGAAUUUAUGGAGGAAGCAGUGCUUUUCGAUUGGUUAGAGCGUGACGGCGUGCCGCUCUUCACCACACAGAUGACGUUACCCAAGCGCGAUCAAAGCGAUGAUCUUGUCUUAGACGGCAAUGCGUCGGUGGCUCCAACGGCCACCGCCACUGCCACAACGUUAGUAGGUGAGGCGAGAACAAGGAUGGCUGGUCAUAUCCUAGCGAGACUGCUAGAGAGAGGAUGGAUUACUCCAAUUGAGUUUGAUUACUACGAUGAUGAAACGGAGAACUGGAAGGCUAAGCUGUAUAAGCCACGGUUGAGAACACAUGAAGCGUACCAGAUAUAUAUUGAAAAGGACCCGAUGGUGACGCAGCUGAGCACGCGUGGAUUCCGUUUUGGCGGCCAAGAACUCAGCCAAGUUUGCUUGUCGAAGGAGCAAGAUGACACUAAUGUGCCCGUUUCGAAAACUUUAUCAGUGGCAAAUAACGAUAUGAAGUCGCGGUUACGCGAAAAGAUGUGGCAAGAUUGUUUUCCGACAUGUUCGGAUAGCGCUAAGCAAACUUUUCUAUCAUUCACACGGCCAGAAAUAAUCCUGUACGCCACACUCGGUCUAAACCUUAUCAGCAAUGGAAUUAGUAGCGUGCCAGCCUUCUCACGCGAGCUUAAAAGCAUGGGUGUAACUAGUGCAGAUGAUCGCUCUAUCAUAGUUGGAUUCUUAGCCAAAGCAUUUCCGACCGAGUAA